UAUAGAAGUAUAUAACAUUUAGCGCGUAGGUUUUCCAGAUCACAGUCGGCUCUCUCUCACAUAAUCACUCCUCUAGCCGUCGAUCAUCAAUUCAUCAUCACUCCUCUCGCCGUCGAUCAUCAUCUUCAUCGACCUCAGUUCCACUCCCACCUCCGUUUUUCUCUGUUCUCUAUUCGUCCGACAUCGAAGCAGAUUGUACGGGUGAAUCAAAUCAGGUAUGAGCUGCAGGAGAUAUAUGGGAUUGGGGAUUCAAUCGAUGGAGCAAUAUGAAGGUCUUCGAGAUCGAUGGAAGCACUCUCACUUUCGCCCUCUUCGCAGAUGUCACCAAUUCCAAAGAACUUCUGGACUUGAUGCAAGCUGGAACCCUGGAACCAGAAGUAGCAUUUCUCAAUGCAUCACUUAUCCCAGAUAUUUUCCCUGUUCUAGCAGCUGCACAUAAGACUCUUCUGGCCAAGUCCCGGGAGUCCUUGACAACACGCACACUUCAUUCGGAGCUUGUUUACAACUAUUCAGGCUCUAAGCAUAUUACAGAAUCAUUCAAAAGGUGUGGGAUUUCUGAAAGCUCAACUUAUGUUCUUGUGGCUCGUUUUGGUUCUUAUGUCGAUGAGAUGAAAUCCAUCGAGAAGCUUGUCAAGGGUAAAGAGAUUGAUUUGGAGGAAUUGCUAGGAAGAGCAAACCAAGCCCAGAUACAGAAGCACUACAAAAUACCUGGUCCGGAACUGGGAAUAUCUUCUCUUGCAGAUGCUAUUACAUGUAGGAUUGCUGCCCGUGAUGCUUUGUGAUGUAGAAAAAUUUAGCUAUUUAUUUCGGGAUUCAGCCCAUCUGUAUCAUUUGUAUGCCCGUCUUGGCUCCAUGUUUUUUCUGGAAUACAAAUCUAGAAGCAUUGAAGGUUGUAAUGUGACAAUGGAUACAGUAGAGGAGCAGAGUUCUCACUGGCCACUCGAAUCUUGUUGGACUUUAUUCCAAAGUCAAACCAGAGUUCAGUAAAAAUGAAUUCUGAAUGGA